AUGAACGUCAUGCACGAAGAUCACUCUUACAGUGUUCUGGAUGAGCUAAACAAACUGAGGGAGCAGGCAGAGCUGACUGACGUGGUUCUGGAGGUGGAAGGAAUAAGUUUCCCCUGCCAUCGUGCCGUCCUGGCCUCCUGCAGUCCCUACUUCCGUACCAUGUUCACCAGCGGAUACGCAGAGGCCAAGCAGGAAAACAUCAACAUCCAGGGUGUGAGUGAGGUAGCCUUGGCAACCAUCCUGGACUACGCCUAUACCGGCUGCCUUCAGACAGAACCAGACCAGGUCAAGGCUCUGAUGUCUGCAGGCAGACUGCUACAGGACCAUCUGGAUGUGUCCAACUGUGCAGAUGUGUUGAUGUAUGCUGACAUGCUGGGGGAUUGUGACUUAGUGAAGGCCAGUGGGAGAUACAUCGCCUCCAGCUCAGAAAAGCAUGCCGAAAUCGACAGUAAGUGUCCAUCAACAGACAUCAAGUUGGUCUACAGCAAAAGCAAAACCCAGCGUCUGGGACAGGUGCGAAGGGAGAUGCAGAUUUUCCCUCUGGUACCGAUAAAAGCUCUAGAUGAUUUUGUGGACGAUGAUUCGUCCGCUCCUUGCUUUGACCCGUCCACAGGCGAAUUGGACGCAAUUCAUAUUCCUGAGAAUCUAGACAGCUACUCUCUGACAGCUACUCCUGAUGAUCUGUACCUGGCAGGGGGUGUUAGGGGCAGCACAAUUGAUCAGAAGGUUAGCAGGCAGAAGGCAUUCUACCAAUACAACCAACUCUUACAUACCUGGGAACAAAGGAGUGAGAUGAUUUCAGCCAGAGUUUGGUGUGGUCUGGUGUAUCUGAAGGGGUACAUCUAUGCCAUUGGUGGUGAUUACGCUAAGGGAACAGCGGAGAGAUACGACCCUAGCAGUGAUGAGUGGACGUCCAUCCCACCCCUCCCUGUUCCCAUGUGUGGAUCCCAGCGCCGUACCGUGACUCUCAAUGACAUCAUCUAUGUUAUAAGUAAGGACGGUUGUCACAGCUUCAGUACCACAGAGAACAAGUGGAGCAAGAUAGCGGACAUGCUCGUACCACCAGUGCAUCCUCAGGUUGUCUCGUACCAGGGGCGCAUUUUCUGUAUGGACAGUUAUGCACCAUCGGCCAUUUCUUCUGAUCCAACUUGUGUAGAAGUGUGCAACCCUGCUGACGGUGUUUGGAAGCAGUCCGGGAACGGCAAGAAAUUUGCCUUCUAUGCUUCAACACUGAUGAAGCACGACGGAAACCUGUAUCUCAUCACUGUACACUUUGGACAUGACCGUAUAUUUGGACAACCGAAGCAACACUUGAUUGAUGUCCACCAGUAUCAGGCAGACACAGACUCCUGGCUGUUUCUUAGAGACGAGGCCCUUAAGCGCAGACUGAUUCCUGCCUUAGCACACUUCAAAUCUGGGAAUAGCGUAGACUGCCUGGCAGCAAGGAUGAUCCAGAGGAGUCCGAGGGAUACAAGCAUGUACGAGGGCAUAGAGAUAUCCUCUGAUGAGGAUUCUUUCGGAAGUGGAAUCACUGAUGACAGUCAGCAAGAUCUCUCGGACCAAGACGACAGCGAUGAAGAAAAUUCUGAUAACGACUAA